AAAUUCCGGUGUUUUGUUUGUUGCGUAAAAGUGGGAUAGAGAAAAAAACAAGUUUUAACAAUUGCGUGGCACAUCGUGCUAGACCUUCAUUGUGGCUCAAAACAAAAAGGAGAAAUGAUAUUUAAAAGUGCUAAUGAAAAAUGAUGUUGUGAGUCACUCUUAAUGCACUGCAUAAACAGCUCGUUUGGUGCUUCACAACUCGUUUCCGAUUAUAAGAAACGCAAUUAAGCGGCUAAUGCGUCGAGGCACUGAAGAGCGUUCAUCUGCACAUUUUCUUGGCUUAACGAAGAAAAGAAAAAUGCCAUCCGAAAGAAAACAAUUCUCCUCCUUUCCCCUUAAAAAAAAAGGCGAACAAAAAAAAAAAUAAUGCUGGCAUCAAUACAGCCAUUGCACAUCUUGUCUAUAGGCAACCAAUUACUGGUGACAUAACAAGCAGCAAAAACAAUGCUAAUGUGCAAUCAACAUUUGCAUCAUAAGAAAAGAAAAAAGAAAAUAAAGUCAAAGAUUUAGGCUAAAACUGGAAUCGGUAAGCCCUUCAAGAUCGCUCGUUCGAUAUGCAGAUUUAUAGAGCUUCGCUUUCUUCCGAAGCUAUACACGCCAUCCUAUAUAUGUGGCCUCUCUUCAAUUCUCGACAAUAAAUUCAUGUCAAAAUGGCAAGAAAAGAGAGGAAGCAGGAAAAUAAAGGAGGGAAGAAAGAAACAGCCAGAAGAAAAAGAUUAACAAGAGGCAAGAAAAAAAAAAAAAAGACCGAAGGCGUAAGAAAAGAAAAAAGGAUGGUCAGAAGAAAUCGAAUAUGGAGCACCAUCGAGCACGGGGAAGAUAAGGUUUCUUUCUGUUCACAGCGAUUAUGUCCUAUAGUAUUCUAGCAUAAUCUCUAUACAUGGCCUCUAUCUUUAAAUGUACUAAGUAUUAUUACAAAUCGUAAAAAGCCAUUCUUACCUUCACGUUAGCGACAAAAAGCCCUUCACCGUGCACAAAAAAGAAACAGCCAUCAGCUGUGGAUAGAAAGCGAAGACGAACCGAUUGAUAGAAAAACCAGUACAUCAUAAACGAACAAUAAAUACAUAAAACCUGACGUAGAGAAGGCAAUCGAUGGGACAAAAAAUGGCGUGGGCCUAAUGCAUUAUUAAAGGAGUGCUACCAUCUUUACAAUUGCGUGGGUGAACGAUCGUGGACAGGUCAUUUAAGCAGAACCUUUACGUCACAGCGGCAGCAACAAAGAACCGGCUGAUCUGAUUUGUUCUCAUGUUAAAUGGCAGCCGAUAAAACUCUAUUAAGACAAAGGGCGUAUGCUUAGAAGGACAUACUUAUACAAGUGCAUGUUUCGUAACUAUAGGGGAUUGGGAAACAAAAAUAAUAAUAGGACGCCAUCGAAAAUUCACGUAUAAAAGGUAAGUAAAGAAAGAAAAAAGAGCAGAAAAAAAAGGAAACAAAAAAUGACCGUUCGUUCGAAGGCAAAGAUUUUAUAUGACGCUUUAGAGAAUAGCAUGUGCGUGAGUUAUAAGCGUAGCCCAUCGAUGAGACGAAAUGGUGGGCGGACAAGGAUGCUGGAUCUAUAUGGCGGAAAAACAGUCAAGUGGGGAAGGCUCCUCUGCGUGUGUGUGGAUCGAUUGGGACGUUUCAGUGCGCGUGCGCUGUGUUUGCCAAAACGCGUGUAUAGGGAAAAGGCUCGUUUCGUUCGUCCGCCCACAACCGGCGCAUACACACACACACAAUGAUCGUAUCGCUCGUGCGGUGCCUAAUAUCUUCAGCCUUUUGUAAAUGCCCAACGACGAGCCAGUACACGGCUCCUCUCCAUCGCGGUAGGGUUUUUUUUUUGGAAACUCCCUGCGUCCGUCCAUAUUUUAAUCGAGUAUACAUAAACAACUAAAAGUCCCCCCUACCCUCCCCCACAAAAAAGAAAAACAAAAAAACAAACCAAGACACUCACUGCCAUCGGUCUUACGCCGAUACAGUUUCUGUAUGACGGAUCGCUAAAGUGCGUGUUCAAUUAUCGUCGACUAGCGUGUUUUAUUCUCUUGCUUUGGUUCGAUGUUUGUUUGUUUUUUUUUGCCAGCAGCAUAACAAAGUGUGUUUCACGAAGCUGGAGUGGUAUACCUUUUUGUUUACGGCUGAUUUUUGUGCGGCUACCAACAUUUGGUGAUCUCUUUUCUUUUGGCCGCUGAUUCCUGAUGAACGAAUUCUUCAAUUCGCUUCGCCGUGUACCGUCGACCAAAGGUCAAGAUACCAAAAUGCGAUUCAGCAUUGAUCCACCAGCGAACAGCAUCGGUUCCUCGACUUCCUCUCUUCAAUCGCCUUGUUCCAGCUCGCCACAACAGAAACCAGCCCAACACCAGCUGUCCGAGUCGUCCGGGUUUCAGCAAUGGCACGACGCUAUGCGGAUGGUCGCUCGGCUUCCGGGAGGUGUUCCACCUGAGUUUCGUCGCAAGCUGUGGCUGGCGCUGGCUGAACAACAUCUUUUACGGAUUGGAGUUGAUUGGUCGGACGUCGAACGAAAUUGUUUCAAUGAUCGGAUCAACCCAGAUGACGAGGAUCUCGGCGCUCAAAUAGUUCGGGAUCUCCAUCGGACGGGAUGUAGUCUAUUCUGCGGAGAAGAUGCCUUACCUAAUCAGGCGCUACUCAAGCGGGUAUUACUGGCCUACGCCCGUUGGAACAAAGAAGUUGGCUACUGUCAAGGGCUUAAUGUUCUGGCCGCCCUGUUGCUUGAAGUUAUGAACCGUUCCGAAGUCGAAAGCCUUAAAGUGAUGAUCUAUUUGAUCGAAGGUGUACUUCCGACAGGCUACUUUGCUAACAACCUACGUGGCUUGUCCAUCGAUAUGGCUGUGUUCCGAGAUCUUCUGCGCCAGCGGCUUCCUGCCCUGUCGCGCCAUUUCGAAAUGCUCCAACAAUCCGAGUCGAGCACCGGUUCAUCGUCAUCGUACUGCAUUGAGCCGCCACUAACCAACGUCUUCACGAUGCAGUGGUUUCUCACCCUUUUCGCCACUUGCCUACCAAAGGCUGCUGUCCUUCGUGUAUGGGAUCUUAUCUUUCUCGAAGGCAACGAUAUCCUCCUGCGCACCGCUCUAGCCAUCUGGCAAACACUUGCAGAGCGCAUUCUGACGGUGAGGACGUGCGAUGAUUUCUAUUCAAUCAUGGCUGUUUUGGCUCGUGAGAUGCUCGAAUUCGGAUUGAUGGAGCCUAACCACCUGGUCCAGACAAUCGUCAGCAUGGCACCUUUCCCUUUUCCCGGACUGAAUGAACUCCGCGAUAAAUACCGAUACAACAUCACGCCAUGGAGCGGUGGAAGUGGUCGCGUUCGUUUGUUUUACAGUGACGACGAUCCGGAUAUGGAAGCGGAAGAGGACGAAGACGAGGAAAAAACGAAAGCCAUGAACGCCGUGGCCACCGUUUUCGGCGGUCUGAUGACUUCAUCUUCCCUUUUCCGUCACACUGGCCGACGCAUCACAGACAUUACAUUCCGGAAAUCGAACAAUCUAAAGCACACAUCUUCAUCAGCCUCACCUAUAGGCUCGUCCAGCAACGAGAAAGAGAAGCUCCAACUGGACAUAGCUGCCUUGAGAAAACAAUACGCCAAACUUCGCGAGAGGCAAAAACAAGCGCACGUCAUGUUCUGGACAGUGGCGUCCGGUGCGUCCAGCAGCGCCCGGCGUGGUUCCUCAGACGGCACUACCGUUUUUUCGUCUUCUUCCGCCUCGUCUAGCACCAACCCUGUCAACCACUUGUUAGCGGGUAGGAAGCCUUUGCUAGCUCGUAGGCCUUCGGUAUCGUCGUCGCCUUCAACUUCGUCCAAUCCUUCGCAGCAAGGGCCAAAAUUAAGACUGCCGCCUCCGCGGAUUCCUCCGGCACUGGGAACGAACAGCAACGAUGACAAGGCUUAUUUUUCGGCACCGUCGACGCCUUCUGACAAACCCGACGGCCAACCUGCGUUUGGCAACAUGACAGCUGAUGUAGCGUAUCCGUCCAAAGAUCCCAAUCAACGGCAGCACAAUAAACAGCAUCAACAGCAGCGUCGCAACAGCGGAAGCGCCACGUCGUCCACCAUCGAACAGCAACAAAGGGUGACGCCGUCAUCGUGUCAAUCAGCAACAUCACUGCCAAUGAUGGCGACCACGACCCGAACGCCGCCAAUAACCGUUAACCGUUCGCGCUUGGUUCAAGAACUGCUGGAGCAGAAUUCCGCCAUGUUAUUGAAACUAAAGGACCGCCCUAAAGUAACGACCUCGGCUGGGUUGUCGUCCCUUUCGUUAGACAACGACAACGAACCAGAUCUUGGUGACGGUCAUGACCAACAAAGAACCUCGUUAAACAAUAGCAACAGCGCAAAUAGUCCCGUCCAUCACCAUCCCUUCCCAAGACAAGGGACCAGAACACCAAAAGACGUCACCAUCAAAUUAGGACUAUACAGCCCUACUCAGAAAUUUUGAUUAUGUCUACAACCACCUAGUUAUUGCAAACUCUGCUGGCUACGAGAAAAGGAUCGUUCUAUUAUCCCUAACUUCUAUAUUGAAGCUUGUAUUCCGAUGUUUGCUGACGGUCGUGAUUGAUGCUUUUUGCUUGAGUUGCUUCUUCACUUGUACACAGCAGAAAAACAAUGCUCCAUGGACGAAGAAAAAAAAAUAGCGAAUAUACAAUAAAUUGGUUGUCUAGUUGA